AUGGCAUUUACCUUUGCUGCACUUUGCUAUUUGAUUGCUUUGAUAGCCGUUGCAUUUUGCAUAUUUUUCGCUAUCUUCACGUUUAUAUGCAUCGAUGAGCUGAAAACAGAGUAUAAAAACCCUAUUGAGCAAUGCAGAAUUCUGAAUCAGCUUAUCCUGCCAGAAUAUCUUCUACAUUUUGGAUUCUCUUCCUUGUUUGUUUUUUCGAUGCAGUGGGGUGGUGUAAUAUGGAAUGCUCCGCUGAUUGCCUAUCAUAUACAUAGAUAUAUGAAUCGACCAGUCAUGUCUGAUUCGGGGAUUUAUGACCCAACUACUAUUAUGAGUCAGUCGGAGUUGCAAAAUGCCCUAAGGGAAGGUUGGAUUAAACUUGGGUUUUAUUUGAUAUCAUUUUUCUAUUAUUUAUAUUCCAUGAUUUACACACUUGUUACUACGAGUUAG